GCAUUUGGCGUCUAAAUUAAGUUCAGCCCCUCCGCCACAUAAGUGGCUGUCUCAGCUGGACCACUACUGGAGCGGACGCUGCCGGGAGCCAGCGUUUCGGUUCCGAAACGCUGCGCCCUUAGGAAUCGGGAACGCUAGUUUUUCGUGGGAAAAAAUCAAGGUGGGGGUUGCCUUUCGUGGCCCAGAAGAUGUUUCGGGGAUAUUUGGCCUUGGAAGCGCAGAAUUUGGGGCUCGCGGCUUGGAAUCUGGAGGCGCUGAUCAAGGCUGGAACCCACUUCCUGCACCCGGGAAAAUCCUUCAUCAGAAGGGGGGAUAUGGGUUCUCGGCUCCCGGCUCUAGAGCUCUGUGGCUCUUCAAGAUGACAGUCUUACUCUCGGGACUUGGCACUGUUUUGUUUAUGUUCAGAAGCGUGUCCCUUCAAGCAGUGUUCGGUAGCCUUAAGCCAGAGCCCCCACAUCCUUUGGGUGUCCAGGGGUUGAAGCUUCUACCUGAAGAACGUCUUAGGGACCUCUUUAACUACGAUGGAAUCUGGCUGUUCCCGAAAAACCAGUGCAAAUGUGAAGUCAUCAAAGGUCAGGAAGGUUAUAACUUUGAGGAUGCCUAUGGCCAGAGCGACCUCCCCGCCGUGAAAGCCAGGAGACGGGCUGAAUUUGAACACUUUCAGAGGAGAGAAGGGCUGCCCCAUCCACCACCCCUCCUGGCUCAGCCCAACCUCCCCUUUGGGUAUCCAGUUUAUGGAGUGGAGGUGAUGCCCUUGCACACAAUUCCCAUCCCAGGUCUACAGUUUGAAGGGCCAGAAGCCCCAGUCUAUAAGGUCACCCUAACAGCUUCUCUGGGGACACUGAACACACUAGCUGACAUCCCAGACAGUGUGGUGCAGGGCAGAGGCCAGAAGCAGCUGACCAUUUCCACCAGUGACCGGAAGCUUCUCAAGUUCAUCCUCCAGCACAUGACAUACACCAGCAUGGGGUACCAGCACCACAUGGUGGACACGGUGAGUCUAGAGUCCAAGUCCUCAGUGGCCAAGUUUCCAGUGACCAUCCGCCAUCCUGUUAUUCCCAAGUUAUAUGACCCUGGACCAGAGAGGAAGCUCAGAAACCUGGUGACCAUUGCCACUAAGACUUUCCUUCGCCCCCACAAGUUCAUGACCAUGCUCCGGAGUAUUCGAGAGUAUUACCCAGACUUGACGGUGAUAGUGGCUGACGAUAGCAAGAAGCCCAUGAACAUUAAAGACAGCCACGUGGAGUAUUACACCAUGCCCUUUGGGAAGGGUUGGUUUGCCGGUAGGAACCUGGCCAUAUCUCAGGUCACCACCAAAUAUGUUCUCUGGGUAGAUGAUGACUUUAUCUUUAACAACAAGACCAAGAUCGAGGUGCUAGUGGAUGUCCUGGAGAAAACGGAACUGGAUGUGGUAGGGGGCAGUGUUCUGGGCAAUGUGUACCAGUUUAAGCUGCUCCUGGAACAGAGUGAGAAUGGAGACUGCCUUCACAAGAGGAAAGGAUCUUUCCAGCCCCUGGAAGGCUUCCCCAGCUGUGUGCUGACUAGUGGCGUUGCCAACUUCUUCCUGGCCCACACAGAGCGACUCCAAAGAGUUGGCUUCGAUUCCCGCCUGCAACGAGUGGCUCACACAGAGUUCUUUAUUGAUGGGCUAGGGAGCCUGCUUGUGGGGUCAUGCCCAGACGUGAUGAUAGGUCACCAGUCGCGAUCUCCAACAGUGGACUUGGAUCUGGCUGCCCUGGAGAAGAUCUACAACACAUACCGGACCAACACGAAUGCCCAGAUCCAGUACAAGUUGGCUCUCCACUACUUCAAGAACCAUCUCCAGUGUGCCACGUAAAUGUGCAGGGACACGGAAAUAGCACUAGGUUGACUGCUUGUGGGUAUCUGGAAUACUGGUUAGGGCCACUAAACACUGGACUUUGUUUUUUUAGAGACAGAGUCUCACUUUAUCGCCCUCAGUAGAGUGCCGUAGUGUCACAGCUCACAGCAAUCUCCAACUCCUGGGAUUAGGCGAUUCUCUUGCCUUAGCCUCCCGAGGAGCUGGGACUACAGGUGCCCACCAGAAUGCUCAGCUAUUUUUUGUUGCAGUUUGGCCGGGACUGGGUUCGAACCUGCCACCCUUGGUGUAUGGGGCCAGCACCCUACCCAUUUAGCCACAGGUGCCACCCAGAAAACUGGACUCUUGAUAAGAUGAACAUUAUAACAGACCAGCUGGUGAGAGGGGCAAAUGGGUAAGACACAGGUUACCAGAAAUACCAAUCAAAGGUGAAGGGUCAUUAGAAAUGGGUCAAUCACUGAUUAGGGCAAUGAGCGCUAUAUUAAUAACCAUUAUUAUUUGAGUGAUGCCUUACAUUUUAUGAAGCAUUUGUACAUAGAGUAUCUCACAAUAUCUCAUCUGACCGCUCAAAAAUAAAAAAAAGAAAAAAGAAAAAAAAAGAGUAUGUUGGUUGGUAUCCUAAGUCAAAAGAAUGGCUGCUGGGUCCUUGAGGGGAUAUUUGGGGGAAAUUCUAUCACAGUCAGAGGCAUCAUCUCCAGCAUCAGGGUCAUCCACACAUUUUUAUUGGUUUCUAUGUUAUGUGAAUAAUCCAGGGUCCUUGUCUCAAUGAGAUCUGAAGUCUGGUUCAGUUCAGUCUAGUAACAGAAUUGGGCAGCCAAGGGAGAGAAGGGAGGAGACACAAGGGCCCAGGCAGCUGAGGAAGGCUCUAUGGAGAGAGCUAGCAGCUUGCCUUAAAGAUGGCAUCCAGGUGUCAGAGGAAGAGAGGGAGAUACUGGGGACAUUCCACUGCCUACCAGAACUAAGGCUGCCUGGGCAUCAGACACAAUGACAGUCCAGAGUGCCAGGAAUUGAACGUGCCAAGGUAUCACGGCAAACAGAGUACUGUGACUGAACUCUGGGGACUUGACACUGGUUGCUGAUCCCUGAAAACUCAUGACAUUUAUAGAAUGGACUCAUUACUUUGUGGUUGAGGAAACCUUUCCCUGUUAUCUUGGGAGUCAGCAGAUUCUGCGGUGACACCUCUAGCCCUGCCUGUCUGGUUUCUACUUACCUGGAUACUCUUUCCCUACUGAACAUGGCCUAGGGUGGUGCAAGAUCCUUAAAAGUGUGUUCUGUGAGAUACUAAAAAAAUUCCUGAAAAAUAUUUUGGUGGUCAAGUAAUU